GAAAAAGAAACCAUGCUCUGCUUUAAAUAAGGCCCCUGAGCGUUUGGUCACAUUUGGAAGGAGUCACAGAAGUGUGGCUGUCUGAACUACAACCCUUCAGAGAGCUGGGAUUUGCAUGGCCGUCAUGAGUGAGAACAUUCAGAAAUCCUUGGAGAGCUGCUUACAGCAACUAAAUUGUCAUUUCACUUGGAAUUUGGUAGAGGGAGAAAAUUCCUUAGAUGACUUUGAGGACAGAGUGUUUAACCAGAAUGUGUUUCAGAACUGUGAAUUUAGAGCCACAGUAUGCAACCUACUGGCCUACAUCAAGCACUGCAGAGGCCAAAACGAGACAGCCUUGGAAUGCUUAGAGCAAGCUGAAAAGUUCAUCCAGCAAGAUCAUGGUGACAAAGCAGAAGUCAGAAGCCUGGUCACCUGGGGCAAUUAUGCCUGGGUCUACUAUCACAUGGGCCAGUUCUCGGAAGCUCAGAGGUAUGUAGACAUGGUGAAAAAAGUCUGUAAGAAGUAUUCCAGUCCCUAUAGAAUUGAGAGCCCUGAGAUGGAUUCUGAGGAAGGAUGGACACGACUGAAGUGUGGAGCAAAGCAUAAUGAACAGGCCAAGGUGUGUUUCCAGAAGGCUCUGGAAAGGAGCCCAAAGAACCCAGAAUUCUUUUCUGGAUUGGCAAUAGCAAGCUAUCGUCUGGAUGACAGGUCACCAAAAGAAAAUCCUAUUGACCCUCUGAGGAAAGCCAUAGAGCUGAAUGGUGACAAUCAGUAUAUUAAAGUCCUCCUGGCUCUGCAACUUCUCAAGAUGACUUCCCCUUCCCAAGAAGAAGAAGAAGCAGCGAGAUUAGUUGAAGAAGCCUUGGAGAAAGCUGCCCCGGAGGCGACAGAUGUACUUUGCAGUGCUGCGAAGUUUUAUCGGGCAAAGCAGUCUUUCGACAAGGCUGUAGAACUGCUCACAAAGGCUUUAAACCACAUGCCAAACAACACCCACCUCCAUUACCAUAUCGCCAGCUGCUAUAAGAUGAAAAUUGACAAAGUACUGAAAAUGGAAAAGAGUGGUAUAGACAGGGAGAAAGAAGUAUCAGAAUUAAUAAAGAAAGCAGUGUAUCAUUUUAAGAAAGCCGAGUCCAAUGAGAAGCUCUACCGUGUUGGUUCCUCUCUGAUGUGCCUCUGUGUUCUAUCUGGUCAGUACGAGGAAGCAGAGCAUUAUUUCCAAAAUGAAUCUAGCAAAGAACUUGAUCCUGUGUCAAAGCAAUUGCUUCAUUUGCGAUGGGGCAAUGUUCAGCUGUAUGACAUGAAGUGUGAAGACAAGGCCAUCCACCAUUACAUGGAGGGUGUGAGAAUAAACAGGGCUUCAGGGGAGCGAGAGAAGUUGAAAACCAAACUGAGAAAUAUUGCCGAAAGACGGCUUUUUAAGAAUAAGAAAGAUGCCAAGGCUUUGCAUAUCUUGGCGUUUCUUCAGGAGCUGAAUGGAAAAAAGCAGCAGGCCAGGGAAGAUGCUGACAGCGCUCUGGGCUCUGAAAGUCUCUUGCCCUCAGCCUCUUUAGAUGAGACAAAGAACGAGGAGUAGUGAUACAGUUUCCCUAGAGCUCAUGCUGGACGCAUUGCUGAUGUGCUUCAAGGAACAUGAUAGAUCAAGAACAAAGGCUUGGUAGAGGGGCUGUUUUCCAGCUGACCUCUUGGGUGUGGUGUACCCUGGGAGAUUCCCUUGCUUAUCUUUGGUGGCAUGAUGCCUCAGCUGGUUUAUAUGUUAGUAGAAAGCAGCCAGCUCCCUCAGAUUCAUAAUCCUGAGGUCUAGUUUUACAGUGUUUCUAUUCUUGGAGUCAUUUUAGAUCCUGAUCCUGCAUAGAUACUAAUGUGCUGUAUUUACCAAAAAGGCAGAGCAACCCAAGUCUACCUAAGGGUUAAUAUCCUCUCUCUUUCACACACAGUUCUGCCUCUUUCUUCCUUCUUGCAGCCAGCUCUCAAACUAGAGUUUCUCACAUGUGGGUCAGUUGUCUCGUGAAUAGAGGUGGCAACUUAGUUUGGAUAAUGAGAGCAGAGAAGCGAGGAUAAAUCUAUGAAAGCAACUGGGUCAAACAACCACAGUGUCAGACUAUGAGGACACAGGGAGGCUGACACCACUUCCAGGCUGCUCUCCCUGUAAUUGAAAUGCAACAAGUUAAAGGAGGAAAAUGGAUUCUAUACAAUAA